AUGGCCCUGUCCAGGAAGUCUAUAGUGGACUCAGUGUAAACGAUCUGGAACACCUGGGAGAGCAGGAGACACAACUCCUCUGCUGCCGCCUGCAGACCACAGGAAACAGAGGAAGAAGUUCAAAUAACAUAUUCCAUUUGUUUUGCGUUAGUCAUGAACAUUCGCUGAUGUUAGCUAACAGUCUGACAAGGUAGUGAGUGUUGUCUACAGCCAGUAGGAGUGUUAGUUACCUUGUUGUCUACAGCCAGUAGGGAGUGUUAGUUACCUUGUUGUCUACAGUCAGUAGGGAGUGUUAGUUACCUUGUUGUCUACAGCCAGUAGGGAGUGUUAGUUACCUUGUUGUCUACAGUCAGUAGGGAGUGUUAGUUACCUUGUUGUCUACAGCCAGUAGGAGUGUUAGUUACCUUGUUGUCUACAGUUAGUAGGGAGUGUUAGUUACCUUGUUGUCUACAGUCAGUAGGAGUGUUAGUUACCUUGUUGUCUACAGCCAGUAGGGAGUGUUAGUUACCUUGUUGUCUACAGUCAGUAGGGAGUGUUAGUUACCUUGUUAUCCACAGCCAGUACUAGCAGACAGCAGACCUCUACCAGUACAGCUCCACUCUCAGACAGGUCAGGACAGGUACUGGGGCACGGGGACACACCUGCCUCCUGGGCUGGAGAACAACACAGAGAGAGAGAGAGAGAGCACACCAUCAACAUUACACUCAUAAUAAUUUGGGACGUGCAUAUUUCCCUUUCAAGAUGACUCUAAUCGUAUCUAGAUACACGGGCUCCGAUACGAUACAGGAACCAUUCGUUUUAGCUUGAAACGAUUCGGUUUGAUUAGAGGAACGAAUUGAUGCGAUUUGGUUCGAUACGAGUCGAUGCACUAACAUUUGUUGCAUUAAAACAUUACAUUUUCCAUUCUACAUUAAAACUACUGCUGACCUGGGCCUCUCUGAGCUGGAUCGGUCUGCUAUAUUUCCUCAUGUAUGUUUUCAUGGAAAACAAGGACAUUUCUAAGUGACCCCAAACUGUUGAACAGUAGUGUAGGUGGUUAGGUACCUGUCUUGAGCACCACCAGGUGUAGUGAGGUAUUUACCUGUCUUGAGCACCACCAGGUGUAGUGAGGUAUUUACCCGUCUUGAGCACCACCAGGUGUAGUGAGGUAUUUACCCGUCUUGAGCACCACCAGGUGUAGUGAGGUAUUUACCCGUCUUGAGCACCACCAGGUGUAGUGAGGUAUUUACCCGUCUUGAGCACCACCAGGUGUAGUGAGGUAUUUACCCGUCUUGAGCACCACCAGGUGUAGUGAGGUAUUUACCCGUCUUGAGCACCACCAGGUGUAGUGAGGUAUUUACCCGUCUUGAGCACCACCAGGUGUAGUGAGGUAUUUACCCGUCUUGAGCACCACCAGGUGUAGUGAGGUAUUUACCCGUCUUGAGCACCACCAGGUGUAGUGAGGUAUUUACCCGUCUUGAGCACCACCAGGUGUAGUGAGGUAUUUACCCGUCUUGAGCACCACCAGGUGUAGUGAGGUAUUUACCCGUCUUGAGCACCACCAGGUGUAGUGAGGUAUUUACCCGUCUUGAGCACCACCAGGUGUAGUGAGGUAUUUACCCGUCUUGAGCACCACCAGGUGCAGUGAGGUAUUUACCCGUCUUGAGCACCACCAGGUGCGGUGAGGUAUUUACCCGUCUUGAGCACCACCAGGUGAGGUAUUUACCCGUCUUGAGCACCACCAGGUGAGGUAUUUACCCGUCUUGAGCACCACCAGGUGCGGUGAGGUAUUUACCCGUCUUGAGCACCACCAGGUGCGGUGAGGUAUUUACCCGUCUUGAGCACCACCAGGUGCGGUGAGGUAUUUACCCGUCUUGAGCACCACCAGGUGCGGUGAGGUAUUUACCCGUCUUGAGCACCACCAGGUGCAGUGAGGUAUUUACCUGUCUUGAGCACCACCAGGUGCGGUGAGGUAUUUACCCGUCUUGAGCACCACCAGGUGCAGUGAGGUAUUUACCCGUCUUGAGCACCACCAGGUGUAGUGAGGUAUUUACCUGUCUUGAGCACCACCAGGUGUAGUGAGGUAUUUACCUGUCUUGAGCACCACCAGGUGUAGUGAGGUAUUUACCUGUCUUGAGCACCACCAGGUGUAGUGAGGUAUUUACCUGUCUUGAGCACCACCAGGUGUAGUGAGUCGUCUCGUAUGUAAGACACGGCAGCGAUAUCGUGGAUGGGAACACGCAGGAUGAUAUCCUCUCCGUCCCGCCACACCAGCUUCACGUUAUAGGCCGACAGACUGACCACCGCAUCCUGCUCCGAAGUCAGCUGACCCGCCAACUGGUGGGACUUCUAGGUAACCAGAAAAAUUACGUGACAGUUUCACCCAUGUUGUUCCCAUGGCAACACAAUACAUCCCAUGACUCUACCGUUUAUAAUAAUUCUAAAAUUCUAAGUCUAAAAUGUAGUAUUUUCUUUGUAAAGUCAUGGCAAAGCAAAAUAUCAGAGGCUUUAUUAAAAAUGACAAAAAAUAAAAGAUGACACUUUUUUAUUUUACCUCUGAGUAAAAUCUUGACUUUUAAAAUGAUUUAGUGCACUAUACAGGGAGCCAUUUGAGAUGCGGCGAAACAGCUUACCCUGGCAUUGUCGAUGAGCUGUAAGACCUCCGUUCGACUGGAGGGGUUCAGGUAUCCCGGUACUGACGUCAGCUGGCCCAAGUACUACAGAACACACCGGUAACCAUUGGAAACACAGGUUAAACAUAGACAAACCUGGGAUGCGUAGCUGUCACCAACACUAGUCAGUCAAGGGCCUUGACCUCUGACCUCUCACCUUGACUUCCUUCUCUACGUAGUCAUUGAGCAGGAUGUCAGGGUCGAUGCGGUGGUCGGGGAGGGAGAAGGUGUGGAGGGCACGGCGUUCUGUAGCCUUCUCCUGAGCCUUCUUAUCCCGACCCUUCUCUCCCUUCAGAAACACACGCUUGAAGGGAGACACGAUACCCGGCUGCAGGGGGGGGAGGUAUCGUAUUAAUUCAUUCACAGCAACAAAGUAUCCAUUACAUAUUAAUAACAUAAAGUCGACCUAUAAGCUAAACCAACAAAUCCGCAUAGGCUAAGCCUACAAAGCCUAUGUUACCCAACCACAGCAUGUUCCGAAAAUAUUAACCAUUAGCAUUUAACAGCUAAAAAUAAACACAAAUCCAAAACACGACAUUAGCUAUGUGGUUUUAUAUGACGCUGUGAACGUUACAUAGAUGAAUAAUGAUGACGUCAUCAACAUUUACUGUAAAAAGCUGCUGUUGUAUACACACACACACACACACACACACACACACACAGUUGGCCAGUCCAUGGUCUUAAGUAACUAACCACACAGACACUGAUUCCGUCUAAGAAACAGAAACAUCCACACUUUCCUUCCUUUCUCCAAAAUGUAAAAAAAAAAGUUCACAUUAAACUAAAGUAGAACACACGUUUAUGCUCCACUUACAAUGUAGACCGAGCAACGUUGUUCCUGUUCAGGCUAUCUGCUGAAGAACGCUGCUACAGCACCACUAAAUACAGCAGCAAGAGUAGCAGCAAAAUGAAGAGCUCCAUCAGCGCGUUGACCACGUCACCCAUGAUGACAGAUCACACAACUAAUAAACAAAGGAAACAAACUUGACGCAGAGCGUUACCAACACCAUCUAUUCCUACCUCAGUCUCCAUGUAGCCUCACUGAAGGAGGACCUGUCUGUGUCUGCCUGUUCUCUGUUUGAGGCGGUCACUAGGAUGGUGUGUGACGGAGAUAGUCUAGUCACUGGCUGGUGUGUGACGGAGAUAGUCUAGUCACUGGCUGGUGUGUGACGGAGAUAGUCUAGUCACUGGCUGGUGUGUGACGGAGAUAGUCUAGUCACUGGCUGGUGUGUGACGGAGAUAGUCUAGUCACUGGCUGGUGUGUGACGGAGAUAGUCUAGUCACUGAGUGGUGUCCGACAGGUUUCUUUUUUUUUUUAACCCCUGCUAAAUUCCCAAUCUGACCAUCUUCCAUCACGGCCACCUAAUCAACCCCUCCUCUCCCCUGUAACUAUUCCCUAGGGUCGUGGCUGUAAUGAGAAUGUGUUCUCAAGACAAAUUACCUGGUAAAAUAAAAAACGAUACAAAAAAAACUGGGCAGUAUCUGACUGAUAGCCUGGUCACUGGGCAGUGUCUGGCUGAUAGCCUGGUCACUGGGCAGUAUCUGGCUGAUAGCCUGGUCACUGGGCAGUAUCUGGCUGAUAGCCUGGUCACUGGGCAGUGUCUGGCUGAUAGCCUGGUCACUGGGCAGUAUCUGGCUGAUAGCCUGGUCACUGGGCAGUAUCUGGCUGAUAGCCUGGUCACUGGGCAGUAUCUGGCUGAUAGCCUGGUCACUGGGCAGUGUCUGGCUGAUAGCCUGGUCACUGGGCAGUGUCUGGCUGAUAGCCUGGUCACUGGGCAGUAUCUGGCUGAUAGCCUGGUCACUGGGCAGUAUCUGGCUGAUAGCCUGGUCACUGGGCAGUGUCUGGCUGAUAGCCUGGUCACUGGGCAGUGUCUGGCUGAUAGCCUGGUCACUGGGCAGUAUCUGGCUGAUAGCCUGGUCACUGGGCAGUAUCUGGCUGAUAGCCUGGUCACUGGGCAGUGUCUGGCUGAUAGCCUGGUCACUGGGCAGUAUCUGGCUGAUAGCCUGGUCACUGGGCAGUAUCUGGCUGAUAGCCUGGUCACUGGGCAGUGUCUGGCUGAUAGCCUGGUCACUGGGCAGUGUCUGGCUGAUAGCCUGGUCACUGGGCAGUGUCUGGCUGAUAGCCUGGUCACUGGGCAGUGUCUGGCUGAUAGCCUGGUCACUGGGCAGUAUCUGGCUGAUAGCCUGGUCACUGGGCAGUGUCUGGCUGAUAGCCUGGUCACUGGGCAGUAUCUGGCUGAUAGCCUGGUCACAGGGCAGUGUCUGGCUGAUAGCCUGGUCACUGGGCAGUAUCUGGCUGAUAGCCUGGUCACUGGGCAGUAUCUGGCUGAUAGCCUGGUCACUGGGCAGUGUCUGGCUGAUAGCCUGGUCACUGGGCAGUAUCUGGCUGAUAGCCUGGUCACUGGGGCAGUGUCUGGCUGAUCGCCUGGUCACUGGGCAGUGUCUGGCUGAUAGCCUGGUCACUGGGCAGUGUCUGGCUGAUAGCCUGGUCACUGGGGCAGUGUCUGGCUGAUAGCCUGGUCACUGGGCAGUAUCUGGCUGAUAGCCUGGUCACUGGGCAGUAUCUGGCUGAUAGCCUGGUCACUGGGCAGUGUCUGGCUGAUAGCCUGGUCACUGGGCAGUGUCUGGCUGAUAGCCUGGUCACUGGGCAGUGUCUGGCUGAUAGCCUGGUCACUGGGCAGUGUCUGGCUGAUAGCCUGGUCACUGGGCAGUAUCUGGCUGAUAGCCUGGUCACUGGGCAGUAUCUGGCUGAUAGCCUGGUCACUGGGCAGUAUCUGGCUGAUAGCCUGGUCACUGGGCAGUAUCUGGCUGAUAGCCUGGUCACUGGGCAGUGUCUGGCUGAUAGCCUGGUCACUGGGCAGUGUCUGGCUGAUAGCCUGGUCACUGGGCAGUGUCUGGCUGAUAGCCUGGUCACUGGCAGUGUCUGGCUGAUAGCUGGUCACUGGGCAGUGUCUGGCUGA